GCAAAAGGCAACAAAAGGAGAAAUUAAAGAGAAACGUAAAGUGAUUUGGCCUCAAUCAACGGGAACGUAUCUUAAUUUUAGAGGUUCUUCUUUUACUUUUGAGACGAGAGAGUUUGCGAGCUGCUUUGGUUGACUAAACGAUAUCUUAGUGAAACCAAAACAACAACGGAGGAAUAUUUGUCACAGUUUACACAUUCACAUUGUUUCCUUAACGUUUAAUCAACCUUGUUCAAAUUUUGAAGUUGCAAUCAUCACCGUUUUUCAAAAAACUUUUUUGAAUAAGUUUUGGAACUUUAGAUAGAGUAAAAAUAAAAUAUGAGUUGAGGCAAAAGAGGAGUGGACCCGGGCAGAUUGUGAAAUGUGAUCAUCUAAACCAGCCAGACGUAUCCACUUGUUCUCUCCAGCUUUAUGAAUUUCCUUAGCCAACACCAUCAUUGUGCUUGUAGUAUAUAUAUAUAACCCUUCCUUCAUCUCUCACAUUUUCCAUUCUCCAUAUAGACUCCUUUAUAAUAAUAUACAAAACAUAGGAAGAUCCAAAAGCGAAGAAGCCAAGCAAACACAUAAAAAAUGAAGAAGGCGGCAGAAUUCGUGAAGCAGAUAAUAAACAUGUUGAGUGGUCUAGCAAAGGACAAGACAAAGGAGCUUAAGAGGAAGACAAGAGCCUUCAAGACACGUCUCGUAAUAUUCUCGCUGCUUCACAACAGACACAUGGUGGUGAGCUCUUUGUCACACAAGCUCAAGAGCAACCCAACAUCAAAAAAGAUAGAUCAUGAUAACAAGGAUGAUGAAGAUCAUCAUGAUCAAAACAUGGUGGUGGUGUAUAGUCACAACGUUAACGCUAUGUCUAGUACUCCUGUCUCUCCGCAUGUACAAUAUCAAUAUACGGAGGAGGAAGAAGAUAAAGAAGAAGAAGAGGAAGAGGAGGAGGAAGAAAAGUAUCCAGACUUGAGACACUCGUUGUUUGAGGCAGAGGGUUCGGUGAUAGAGAUGGUGAAGCACUCCAAGGAGGACAAUGGAGAAGAGUUUCGGUUGGAAGACGAGAUUGACAAAGUGGCUGAUCUUUUUAUUACCCGCUUCCACCGACAGAUGUGGUUGCAGAAGCAACUGUCGUUCGAGAGUCCAGAUACAUCCUCCCCAUUCCAUUCUUAAGAUACAUAUGUUUGAUGCCCUCCUUGUUUUUUUUUGUGGCGAAGGAUUCAAUGAUCCUUAUAGUUUUUGUUUACGUAGUGAAAUAUGAAAACGGGACAUGUUUAUUAAUUUCCUUCAACCUGUACCUAAAACGUCCCUUCUUCCUUCAAUCUUCUUGACUAAUAAAAUACAGUUAUUUUUUCUUCAUGUUA